AUGUCGUCCUCAGCUCAGGUCCAAGUGGUGGAUGGAGUGGCGCUUAAUCAGAUCUUUAGUGGGCUCAAGCUGCAGAAUGAGGAGGAAAGAAGUCGUAGUGCUUUGGAGCUUCGGAGCUUUCUCGCCUCCAUAGCGAGGGAUUUAACUGGUGAACAGUUUAAUCGAUACAAUAACGAGAUUAACAAGACAAUUUUUGAUCUACUACAAAGCAAAGAUGCAUCACAGACAUUGGGCGGAAUCGCCGCAUUGAAUGCAUUGAUUGAUUUCGACAGUGGCGUGGGCGAAGAAAACGCAACCAAGACAGCGAGAUUCUCCAAUUAUCUUAGCUCUUUUAUCCUAUCGAGUGACUUGAAAAUCAUGAAGGAAGCUACGAAAACUUUGGGUAAGUUGGCUACCCCAGGUGGAACUUUGACGGGGGACUUUGUGGAUUUUGAAGCGAAAAAGGCCAUCGAAUGGCUUCAAAGCGAUAAUCGUCAACACGAAAAUAGACGUCACGCUGCGAUUUUGAUUCUCACAGCGUUGUCUGAAAACGCCCCGCUACUACUCCAGGGGUAUAUCACACAAGUUCUUGAACACAUCUGGGUACCACUCCGAGACCAUAAAUUGAUAAUUAGAAAUGAUGCGGCAAUCACACUUCAAAGAUGCAUUUCCAUCAUCUAUUCUCGCGAGCCAGAGGUAAGAAGGCGAUGGAUCCAUGUUUUGAUUGACCAGGCAUCAUCCAUAUUGGCCCGCUCCAAUGCUAUAGAGAAGUCAGGCUCUUUUGAAAGCAAUGGUGUUUCUACUGGAUACAGCUUAAUUUCAUCAGCUCAGUCUCCUUCACAUGAGACUAUUCACGGCGCUUUGCUUGUGUACCGUGAGUUGAUCAGGUAUCACAGUGACCCAUACAUUAAGUCUAUGUUUGGCACCAUCUAUGAAAAUGCCUCCAUAUACAAGGGCCACAAAGUUGCAUACAUCAGGCAGGAGCUCACAAAGAUCUACCCUCUUCUUUGUCGGGUGAAUCCAGAGCUUUUCGUGGAGAAAUACUUGCAUCGCACGUUGUACUACUAUCUCACCCAACUCAAAAAACACAAAAGUCUGCAUAAUGAGGCAAGCAAUAGUGACAAGUCUGCUAUCUUGAAGAGCAUUGGAUUGCUUGCUUUAGAAGUUGGCAACCAAAUGGCAACGUAUUUAGAUGCCAUCUUGGAUAAUAUCAGAGACGGUCUUUCUUACCCUGCGAAUUCGGGCGUUCAGCUGAUUUUGACCAACGCAGUUAGCAAAGGCGACACUCCUGGAACCUCUCUUUCAUCGGUGUCUGCCUCGACGUCUGGCUCGGCAAAGUAUAGGGCUGCUAGAAAAGAUACAGAACCAGCCAUCUUUGAUUGCAUAGGCAAGCUAUCCAUCGCUGUUGGCCCUGCACUAACCAAGCAUUUACAACGUGACAUUCUAGACAUGAUGUUUAGUAAUUGCUCGUUAUCAGAGCAUAUGGAGGAAGUUCUUCAAACCCUCAUAAUGAAUAUUCCUUCUCUUCGUGCCACAGUUGAUAGAAAGCUUUUAAAUCUAUUGAGCUUGGUGCUAUCUGGGAAGGGAUUUCAACCUCCAGGCUCGCCUUAUGGCUCAACAAAAAUCAACGAAUCUAUGGCUCGUGACUUCAGGCUAAUCAUGAUUUCUCGAGACACUGGAAUGACAGUGAGCACCAUACUCGGUAAUCCAGAGGUUUACAAAGCUCAAGAAACCGAGCUCAUUGUUCAGGCACUCAAAAUUUUAUCACAUUUCGACUUCCAAGAUUAUCAACUUAACGAAUUUGUAAGGUAUUGCAUUAUAACAUAUCUUGAUAGUGACAGUGCUAAGGUUCGUCAAACAGCGACCUCAACUUCGUGCAAGGUCUUUAACAAGGAUCCUAUAUGUCAUCAGAUGAGUGUCAAUGCUCUAGACGCUGUGAAUGAAAUUGUUGAAAAGCUUUUGUGCGUAUCGGUCACGGAUCCAGUUGCUGAAAUCAGAAUCGAAGGCUUGACUUGCCUUGAUAAGGCCGGGAACUUUGACCCUCAGCUUUCUCAAGCAUAUAACGUGAAACAACUUUUUGUUGCCCUCAAUGAUGAAGUCUUCAGUGUAAGGAAGGUCGCUGUCAAAAUCUUAGGCAGAUUAUCGGCUAUCAAUCCAGCUUAUAUUGUUCCGUCACUUCGAAAGACUCUAAUCCAAUUGCUAUCGAGACUAGAGUAUGCUAACACGAGUCGUAAAAAGGAGGAGACUGCUAUACUUUUAUCGGUAUUGAUACUUCAUUCCAAGGAGCUCACGAAACCUUACAUCAAGCCAAUAGUUGAAGCUCUUCUCCCAAGAACCAAAGACCAGAGCUCACCUGUUGCUGCCGCGGCUAUAAGCUGUGUUGGUGAAGCCUCAGUGGUGGCUGGUGAGGACAUCAAACCAUUCCUUUCAGAGCUCAUGCCCUUAAUACUAGAUAUUUUUCAGGAUCAAAGCUCAUCAUAUAAGCGUGACGCUGCACUCAAGGCACUUGGCCAGCUAGCUAGUUCUUCAGGGUACGUGAUACAACCAUUACUUGACUAUCCACAAUUGCUAGGCACCCUUGUGGGAAUCUUGAAACUGGAAACUUCGCCACGUAUUAGAAGAGAAACGGUGCGUCUUCUUGGUAUUUUGGGUGCCCUCGAUCCAUACAAACACAGGGAGGUGGAACAAACAUCGCAAAAAAUUCCUGUGGAACAAAACUCCCCUCCAGUUGACAUUGCUCUCUUGAUGCAGGGGAUGUCACCGUCUCACGAUGAAUAUUAUCCUACUGUUGCUAUCAAUAACCUCAUGAAGAUCUUGAAGGAUCCAUCUCUAACGUCACAUCAUAACAAAGUGAUCCAAGCUAUCAUGUAUAUUUUUCAGACACUAGGAUUAAGAUGUGUUUCAUUUCUUCCACAAAUUAUUCCAGGAAUCAUCAAAGUCAUGCACACAUGUCAAGCAAACAUGCUCAAGUUUUACUUCCAGCAAUUAGGUGCAUUGAUCCUCAUUGUCAAGCAACAUAUACGGCCGUUUUUAAGCGACAUAUUUGCUGUUAUCAAGGAGUUCUUCAAUAGCAUCAUCAAUGUGAAUAUCAGAGUGAUCAUCAUUCACUUGAUCGAGUCUAUCUCAAAGGCUUUAGAGGGCGAAUUCAAGAUGCACUUACCGGAUGUACUACCUCUUAUGUUGGACUUGAUUGAAGAAAACAAAUCUCCUGAUCGAGAGCCUACUAUCCAUGUAUUGAAGAGCUUUGUUGUGUUUGGAAGCAACAUCGAAGAGCACGUACAUAUAGUUGUCCCUACUAUUGUGAAAAUGUUUGAAGUUGGUCCUACGAAUUUGAGAAAGGCGGCCAUAGAAACUAUAGGUAAGCUUUCGAGAAAUAUCAAUCUUACUGAUAUGGCCUCAAGAAUUGUUCAUCCACUUUUGAGAGUCUUGGGCGAAGGUAACGAAGAGCUUACACAAGCUUGUAUGAACACUCUUUGCAGCUUAAUACUCAGCUUGGGAAGCGAAUUCAUAGUGUUCUUUCCAGUCAUCGAAAAAGUUCUCAUAAAACAAAAGAUCAAUUCGGUAAUGUUCGAACAGUUUGUUGCUAAGCUCUUAAAUGGUGAUUCUUUGCCAACAAAUUUUAACAUUUACAAGGAUCACGACUUGCAUCUUUCACAUUUUGACCUCCCCGACAUUGAUAUGCCUUCGAAGAAACUCCCUGUCAAUCAGGCCGCAUUGAAGGCGGCAUGGGAAUCAUCUCAGAGGAACAAUACCAAGGAAGAUUGGCAAGAGUGGAUAGCAAGAUUAAGUAAAGAGUUGCUCAAGCAGAGUCCAUCUCAUGCCAUUAGAGCUUGUGCCGGUCUAGCAUCGGAUUAUCAUCCACUAGCGAAAGAUUUGUUCAAUUCAAGUUUUGCUUCCUGUUGGAAUGAACUCUAUUCGCAGCAUCAAGAAGAGCUCAUCGAAUCGUUCUGCAUUGCAUUAUCGUCUCCUAAUAACCCUCCAGAGAUUCAUCAAAUACUUCUUAAUUUGGCUGAGUUCAUGGAACACGAUGACAAGUCCUUGCCGAUCGCCAUCACAGCUUUAGGGCAGUAUGCACUGAGGUGUCACGCAUACGCCAAAGCAUUGCAUUACAAAGAGCUCGAGUUCUACGAGGAGCCAACUACCCCAACGAUAGAGGCUUUGAUCUCCAUCAACAAUCAGCUUCAACAAUCCGAUGCAGCCGUUGGCAUAUUGAAACAUGCUCAAAUGCAUCACGAUCUUCAACUCAAAGAAACGUGGCAUGAGAAAUUGCAACGCUGGGAUGAUGCGCUUAGGGCAUACAAUGAGAGAGAAAAGCUAGAACCUGAUAACAUGGAAAUUGUCAUGGGUAAGAUGAGAUGUUUACAUGCAUUGGGUGAAUGGGAGCAACUCUCUGAGUUGGCACGUUCAAAAUGGAAUACAUCCUCUGGUGACAUAAAGAGAAAUGUUGCACCUUUGGCUGCUGCUGCUGCAUGGGGCUUGGGACAGUGGGAUAGAAUGGACGCCUACAUUAAGGUAAUGAAGGCUGAGUCCCCUGACAAAGCUUUCUUCAGUGCCAUCUUGAGCCUUCACCGCAAUAACUUCGAGGAAGCCUCCAACCACAUUCUCAACGCUCGUGACUUGUUGGUUACUGAGAUUACAGCUUUGGUAAGUGAGAGUUACAAUAGAGCAUAUGGUGUUGUCGUCAGAGUUCAGAUGCUUGCAGAGCUCGAAGAAAUUAUCAGGUAUAAGUGUUUACCACAAGGUUCCGAGAAACGUGCGCUUAUUAGAAAGACGUGGAAUACACGCCUUUUGGGUUGUCAAAGGAAUGUCGAUAUUUGGCAAAGGAUGCUCAAGGUGAGAGCUCUUGUCAUAAAACCCAAACAGGAUAUGGAUAUGUGGAUCAAGUUUGCUAAUCUUUGUCGAAAAUCAGGACGUUUCAAUCUUGCGGAGCAAUCUUUGAACAAUUUAUUAGAGAGCGGAUCUAGUGAUAAUCCUUCAAGAGCUCCACCUCAGGUUGUGUACGCCCAGUUGAAGUACAUGUGGGCUAAAGGACAGAGAAGAGAAGCAUUACGCCAUUUGGUUGACUUCACCACGCGUAUGUCUCAAGAUCUUGGUUUAAAUCCAAACGAUUUGAUCACUCAGCCAAUUCCCUCUGACGGACCUGGAAUUCCUAAGCAUGUCGAGGAAUACACCAGAUUACUUGCCAGGUGCUUUUUGAAACAGGGUGAAUGGCAAAUUGUCUUGAAUAAUAACUGGAGAACAGAAACCUCCGAAAUAAUUCUAGGUGCUUAUCUCCUAGCCACUCACUUCGACGACAAAUGGUAUAAAGCAUGGCACAACUGGGCCCUUGCUAACUUCGAGGUCAUUUCAUUGUAUACGCAGAACAACAGGGGUAACCUCACUACAAAUGUCAUGGAGCAGAAUGACACUGUUGAUAAGCAAGCACAACUGCUGCAGAUGAUAUCAAUGGAAGUUGUUCAGCGCCAUGUAAUCCCAUCUAUCAAGGGAUUUUUUCAUUCCAUUUCCUUAUCUAAUUCCAGUUCACUUCAGGACACAUUGAGAUUACUCACGUUGUGGUUCAAGUUUGGUGGUAUUCCGGAGACAGCGAGAGCCAUGACCGAUGGUUUCAACAUGGUAAAGAUUGACAACUGGCUUGAAGUUAUACCGCAAUUGAUCUCGAGAAUUCAUCAACCAAAUCAAAUUGUCAGCAGAUCGCUCCUUGGAUUACUCACGGAUCUUGGCAAAGCUCAUCCGCAGGCUCUAGUUUAUCCACUAGCAGUUGCUGUGACCUCAGAUUCUGUCAACAGAAAGAAAGCAGCGUUGUCCAUCAUUGACAAGAUGAGAAUUCACUCGCCAGUGUUGGUUGAACAGUCUGAGCUCGUUAGUCAUGAGUUGAUCAGAGUGGCAGUUUUGUGGCUCGAGCAAUGGUAUGAAGGUUUGGAAGAUGCAUCAAGACUUUUCUUCGGAGAGCAUAAUACCGAGAAAAUGUUCGAGGUUCUUGAGCCAUUGCACAAGAUGUUACAAAAGGGCCCUGAAACUAUGAGAGAGGCAUCUUUUAACAAUGCCUUUGGCAGAGAGUUGGCAGAUGCGUACGAAUGGGUACAGAACUACCGUCGCACAAAGGAUAUUACCAAUUUGAAUCAGGCUUGGGACGUUUACUAUAACGUUUUCCGUCGCAUAAGCAGACAAUUACCGCUGCUUCAAAGUUUAGAGUUGCUGUUUGUAUCUCCCAAGCUCGAAGAAGCGAAAGACCUUGAAUUGGCUGCUCCUGGUACGUACGAAGCCGGUAAACCUAUCGUUCGUAUUGUCAAAUUUGAUCCUACUUUCACCGUCAUUUCUUCCAAGCAGCGCCCAAGAAAACUUGUUAUCAAGGGAAGUGACGGGAAGGAUUACCAAUAUCUCCUCAAGGGCCAUGAAGAUAUUAGACAGGACAAUUUGGUGAUGCAGUUAUUUGGCUUGGUCAACACCUUGUUGAUGAACGACACAGAAUGCUUCAAGAGACACUUGGAUAUUCAACAGUAUCCUGCGAUUCCGUUGUCGCCAAAGGUUGGGUUGUUAGGCUGGGUCUCCAACAGCGAUACGUUCCAUGUGCUUAUUAGGGAGUACCGUGAGUCACGGAAGAUCUUAUUAAACAUCGAGCAUCGUAUAAUGUUGCAAAUGGCUCCAGAUUUCGAUAGUUUGACUUUGUUGCAAAAAGUGGAAGUCUUCACUGGUGCUCUAGAUAACACUAGAGGACAAGACUUGUAUAAAGUUUUGUGGCUAAAAUCCAAGUCGUCUGAAGCAUGGCUUGACAGGCGUACUACGUACACAAGGUCCUUGGCAGUGAUGUCUAUGGUUGGUUACAUUCUCGGUUUGGGUGACAGGCAUCCUUCCAAUUUGAUGCUUAAUAGAAUCACGGGAAAAGUUAUUCAUAUUGAUUUUGGUGACUGUUUCGAGGCCGCUAUUUUACGUGAGAAAUAUCCCGAAAAGGUUCCUUUCAGACUCACAAGAAUGCUUAACUACGCUAUGGAAGUGAGUGGUAUAGAGGGCUCAUUCAGAAUUACUUGUGAGCAUGUAAUGAGAGUAUUACGUGACAACAAGGAGUCACUUAUGGCUCUUUUGGAGGCCUUUGCCUACGAUCCUUUGAUUAAUUGGGGGUUCGAUUUCCCUACAAAAGCACUUGCUGAGGCCACCGGAAUCAAAGUGCAACAGUAUAACACUGCAGAAAUGUUGAAAAAGGGAGAAAUUGACGAGGCUGAAGCCGUCAAAUUGAAUAAGCAAAAUGCUCUCGAGAUCAGAAACGCCAGAGCAGCAUUGGUUCUUAAGAGAAUCACAGACAAGUUAACCGGUAAUGAUAUCAAACGGUUGAAGGGUUUGGAUAUACCUACACAAGUGGACAAAUUGAUCCAACAAGCUACCAGCGUCGAGAACUUAUGUCAACAUUACAUUGGAUGGUGUUCUUUCUGGUGA